AUGCCAAUAAAAUUGCCCAAGGGGUUCCCGCGUCGCAAAUCUUCAGGCACUGUACUGGAUGACUUUUCCAACACCAACAAUGACUCCAAUACCGAUACAGGUUCCUCCUUCAAGGUUCUAGCAAGGCCUCACAGCCAGGCUAAGUCCUUCGAUGGUGGUGCUGCUCUACGACCCUCGCCUCUGACACCAAAACCAUUGCCGCAGCCAAGGUCAAGCUUCGAUGAAGACCAUGAAGAUUUAUUUUCGGUAGCACGAAAUGAUGCAGCCAACCGCGGUAGUGGCGCUACGUCGAACUCUCUAUCUACCGCGCCGUACGACAGCGCAGCCUCUUCUACACGAUAUAGCAAUUCAUCCACGAACCCCUCUUCCGUCGACUCGGGCUCUGGUAGAAAUAUCAAAGCAGCAGCAGGACAACCAGUCUACGACGACAUUCCUGUUCCACCACCUCAUAUCGCAAAGAGUGGUUUCCUCAAAAACGCCGGUCGCACCUUUUCUUUCGGCAUCACUAAGCACAAUAGUCGAGAAUCCAACGAUCUGCCAUCUCCAUUACCGUCGGACAGGCAUCGUCGUCCUGCCUUGGCCGAAACAAGAGAAAGAGCCAUGACAACCAGCAGCGUGACAACCGCCACAGCACCUAGACUGGACGAUGCCACUUUCUCUACCAAAGACGGAGAUGACGACUUCGGUAACAUGUUUGCCAACCUUGAUUCCAGGUCGAGUCGAGACGUAGGUUGCAUGGAUUCUUCUCCGCCUAAGGAGGAACUAUCAAUAAACCAGACUAACCAAUUCCAGCAUACUGUAAUAACCCGUCCAAGCCCCUUGAAGUCAGCACAACGAUCUGCUCCACCAGAACCCGUCCGCGUCAAUAGACACGUCCCAGUUGAAGACUCGCCUGCCUCUUGGAAUUCUCAGCAUUCUCAAGAUGGUCUCAUCGGCUCACCCAGCCCAUCACGCACUGUAACCCAAACCAGCCCACAGUCAUCCAACCUGCGCAACAUCACAAUGAACACAAUUCGCUCUCAGGACACCAGUGAUGACAACAUGUUCGAAGACACUCCACUGCGUCGAUCACCCGAGUCUGUCGCUGCCAAACCCACCAUAACGACCUCUCCUCGACCACCUCCUUCCUCUUUUCCAGCGACAGCCAUGACAAGAGCUCGUACUCAAUCGAAUGGAGCUUCUUCGAUACAGCGGUCUGAUGCUGGCUCCGAGUAUGGGCAGCCUGCCUUCGACCCCUCCUUGUUGGCGAACGUUCAACUUGCCUCACGUUAUGAAGAGACAGCUUCCUCGCCGACUCAGACAAACGCGAGCAAGGUUAUGACUCCUGCCGAGUUCGAGCGCUACAAGAAGCAAAAGGAGGAUACGAGACGGUACAACAAGGUCUUUGGCAAGGCUGAUUCCGACGAUGGCAGUGGCGACGAUUAUGACGAUGAGGAGGACGAUGAGCAAGAACGUGAGAAGCUGGCGGCUAAGCAGAGAAAGAAGCAGGAAGCCCACUUGGCCGUAUACCGCCAGCAAAUGAGAAAAGUCGCUGGGGAUGUUCCUAAUCCGGACCAGAGACCGGGCACCAGUAUAGGCAUCUACCAGUCCGGGAACGCGAGCCAGAACGACCUGACCACCAUGAACAGACGUAUGUCUCAGCUGACUGUGGAUGGUGCAGCAUCUACACCGCUUGGAAUGGGGAAGCUUCCCGUGGAUGAUGAGCCAGACGAGGAUGAGGACGUUCCACUAGGCAUCCUUGCUGCUCAUGGCUUCCCGAACAAGAACAAACCACCUACACGACUAGCAGCCUCAACUUCGAAUCCCAACCUGAGAAACUUGGCCCAAAUGCAAGGGGGAGCAUCGGUCGUCGGAGACCCAGCAAACAGAGGCUCCUUGCCAGCUUUUGCACGGCACUUGCCCCCGGAUCCCUACUACGGGGCUAGCCUUGUUCACCAGGCCGAGCGAGCACCUCUCAACAUGUCUCAAUCACAACUUGUCACACAACCUCAACCCUCGGGCGCCGCAACCGCCCAUCCUUUACACCCUGCAGGACUUGUAGGCGUUAUCGCUGGAGAAGAACGUGCUCGUGCCCUGCGGCGAGGCAGUCCAAAUCCACAAGGUGGCUACGAUAUGCCUAUGGGCUCUGCUCCGACCUCUGCAAGAGUACCUCAAUUUAUGCCGCCUCAGCCAGUGCUUACACCGUCCGAACAUGCACAGUUGCAGAUGUCCCAAUCUAUGGCCCAAAUGAUGCAGAUGCAGAUGCAGUGGAUGCAGCAGAUGUCAGCCAUGAUGGGCCCAAAUCAGAGCAUGCAAAUGCCCCCAAUGCCUAUGAUGGGAAUGGGAAUGGGAAUGGGAAUGCCAGGCAUGCAGAGUUUGCCUCAAUUCCAACAGAACGGUGUUCCGAUGCAGCCACAACAUCCCGGUAUGCCACAUCGCCCGCAGUCCGUGCCGCUACAGAACAUUCAUGGAGGUCAGCAACGGACUAUGAGUACGCUCAGCCCAAGCAUGGCCCCAUGGACCAACUCAAUGCCGGCGAUUCCGCAAAUGGUGCCUGGUGGCUCAGUAUAUGCACCUUCUAUAGCACCAUCGGAACGAAGUAACGUGGGGUUAGCGCCUCGAUACAGACCUGUUUCUACCAUGACCCAACAAGCUGAACAACAGAGGCCGAACUGGGAUAAAAGAUCAUCCACGUUCUCCUCGGCGACUUUCCGUCCAUAUUUGAAUGAGAAUGCACAAACUAAGCCGACGUCGACCAUCCGAACUAUCACACGCGUUAAUGAUGAUGAAGAUGACGAGCAAGGCUGGGCAGAAAUGAAGGCGAAAAAAGAGAAGAAACAGAGAACAUGGAAGCUGAGGAAAGGUAAUACAAAUACUUUGCAGGAGUUGUAUAAUGCGCCAGCCUGA